AGCGGGUUGGACGACAGACGCAUCAGAUUCUUUCCCUCCGCCGUGCGUACGUGCGUGCGUCCGCCUUUGCAGUCGUGCUAUGGCAGUUGCCAAGCUGCAGCGAAAGAGAGAGCAGACCACGGACGGACCCAUCAACGGGCGGCGGCAGACGCAGACCCCUGGGAUGGGUCUGCUCCCCCGCAUGCCAUCGAGCUGCGGCAGUGGUGUGCCGGGGCGAACUGUGGAAAGGCGUUCUUUGACGGUGAAGAUGAGACGGGUCCGUCUCCCACAACUGAAAAAGCUGCUGGAGGCCAUCUGGUCAUCAAAGACCAUCAAUGACCGGCAUGGUAGAGAGCAAAGGACGCCGAUAAGCACGCUGCAGCAAUACAUGUACCGUCACAUCGGAUGGAGACACCACUGGUCUUGUGUUCCUCUUGGUGUGACACUGUGUGUGUGUGUGUGUGUGUGUGGCAGGUAUGUCUUCCUGCUGCAUCGAUUUGGGCUGAGAUCGGUAGUCGUCGAGUACGCCACGGCCAUAUUACAGGUCCGCCCAGCAGAGAGAGAGAGAGAGAGAGAUGGCCGUUGUAUCGUUGAUGAGGUGUGUCUGCUUCUUUCUAGCGCAGGGGGUUGAUGAAUACAGUCGUGUUGAUGCGGACGUGUUGCUGUUCGGCAAGGUCCUCGGCUGCCGUGUCGAUGAGGCAUUCCGGUGGAGAUCGAUUAUCAUGCUGUGUUGAUGUAUCGCUGUCUGGCCUGUGUGUCCUGAACUGCAGGAAUAUCCAUGAGGAGCUCAAGGCGACGUUUGGGUCCCUGCUCGAAGAGUUGCUGAGGCGUAAGCGAGCCAACGGAAGACACCAUGAGAAACGGUCAUGGCCUCUUUCAUUUGAUCUUCUCGGUUGCUCGUCAGUUCUGCAUCCGCUCAAGGACGAGACACAGGUGAGGGAGACGCCGUGUGUCCACCACAAGCGAUGCGGCCGCGCACUGUGUGUGUCUUAAGAUCGCUUCGCUUAUGAAAGAAUAUCGCAGCGGCAAGGUGAGCUCGUUGAGCGGGGCCUUCAUUGCCGUCCAUCCCUGGUGUUUGUGCCAUCGGUGCAGCGGCUCCUUACUGGUGCCGAAGUCCUUCCCAUCCUCGGCCACAUUUAUUCAGACGAACAGGUCAAGAACAUCACCCAAGGCUUCCUCAACGCUGCCAAUCGGGAGUCCUUGCCCGUCCCCGCGAAUGAGGAUGUUGGUGGGGAUAUCCCUCCCUCUUGGUGGCACAUGGAUGUUGACACUUUGCUCGAUCCAGCCAUACCCCUGCCAGCACGGGUGCAUCCAAACCAGGUGGGUGAUCGAUUGACCAGAAAAGCCGUCCUGAUAUGUCUGUGGUGACCUUCCCGUCCCCACAGGCUCUUUCUUUCGGCCGCACGGCUCCGUCAACCCCUGCCCCAGCUGGUCAACAGGAGCCGGCUACAAGGGCAGGCCCACCCACCGUCCAGGGGCAAGAGACAUUCAGCAUCACCCUUACAGACGAUACCAAGAAGCCUGAAAGCAGCCCGACCGGGGGCCGGCGGAUGAGCCGUGCCCGCAUCUCCUUGGCCUCGACAGCAGACGCGAGCGAAGCCCCCCGCACAAGAGGUGCAUUGACCAGCUCUGUCGCAUCGGCCCGGCAUUUCGGUCGUCCGUCAGCACUGCUAGUCGAUCGGGCACAUUCCGUGCAGUCGACGCCUGAUGUGGCCGGCGACAAAGGAGAGGAGUCCGAAGGCAGGAAAGGAGAGAAUGGGGGUGAGGGCGGAGACACGUGUGAGAGUGGGGGUGGCGGAGAUGGCUUCUGCGGUCUGCUGCUGUCUUACGAGAGGGUGCUGUCGGUGCUGCUGGCAUUUCAGCUUCAUGAUCGAGAGAGGUGCCCACUAGAGAGGGAAGGGACGGUCGGCUGAUCUCUGUGUGUCCAUUGCAGGCGUCUGCAGCCUUUGUCUGCGCUGUUUCGGAAGGUGGAUUGGGACAACGACGGCAUGAUCAACCGCCGCGACGCUGCCUUGCUGGUAUGUGGUAUGCAUGUGUGUGGAACAUGGUUUGCGAGAAGCAGCUGGCAGCUUCUGUGUCUUUGCUUGCGUGCAGCUAUCCAAGCACCUCCCUGCCGUGUCUGACCAACAGGUGAAGCGCUGCAUUGGCCUCAUGGACCCCAAUAAAUUCGACGUGAGUUGGGAGGGGGGGAACGAUAUGCAACGCAAUCACUGGUGAAUGUGCUGUGUGUGUUGCAAUGCUCCUGUGUGUCGCCUCACACCAGAGGAUCACUUUCGACUGCCUUGUUGCCCACACCGACCGGCGUGAAGACAGCCGAAAUCAGCGAAGCUAGUGUAGAGAGCCGGGAUGGAGAGGAGAUGCAGCGAGACGAGACGAGAUGAGGGCCGCCUAAGGCGGUCGGGCGGGCGGUGUGUCCGACCAGGUUGUGUGUGCCUUGUGGGUGUGCCCUGACUCACUCAUGUGUCUUCCUUCCUCAUGGGCUCACAGCUGACGGAGGUGUUGUGGCUGAAGGCACCGGAGGUCGCUCACAAUGCUCGGAGAGCGCAUGCACCAUUUUUGGCCGUCGAUCCUGACAGUCAGUGACUCAAUGGAUGAAUGUCCUACAGAAUGAACCCAUGGCAGGCAAUGAACUGUCUGAUGCCAUGCGACGCAUGGGUCGACUGUGCCAGCGCGUCGAAUUCCGUGACUAUCGGUCCGCUGUCUGCAGCUGCUUGUUUCUUGUGUAUCAUCGUCGCUGACGUCGAUGUGGUCCCCUUUACAGUGAUUAAUUGGCUACGGCCAUGAAUUAAAAAAACACCCCGCGAUUCGCGAGCUUACUCCCUCUCGGCGUGGGUGCCCUGGGGAGGUCGGCCUCCUCGAUAGUAAGCCUCGGCUCAUUGGAUUCUUUUCGGCACAUCUCGCCGGUAGGCAGCACACAGAUGCCGAGAGAGAUGCACACACACACACCUCUGUGCCCUUCUCGUCAGCCGUGGUUGAGUGGCGCCAUGGCAGCAGCGGCGGCUUCAUCUUCGUCGUCUGCUUUGCCUUACAACGAGGUCAGUCAAAGCACAACAAAAUCGCACUCAUCAAUGUGUCAGAGCAUCACUGACUCAUUCGUUCGUUUGUUUGAUUGUUCGGUUCGUCAGGCAAUUCCAUCCCCGACGCCGGGCCGUUACAAACAGGGCAGUCGUGUGCUGAUGGUAACCAGCGAGCGGGAGAAGGGCAAACAGAGGUGGGUCAAGGCCGACGUGUAUCGCAUCGAGGAGGGCAGUGGACGGACGGCGCUUCACUUGAGGGAGGUGGGCGGACACCGAGAGGAGUUCAAAGUGCUGGUGCCGCAUAGCAAGACAAAGACAUCACCGCAUGGCCAACAGGUAUACGCGACGUCCACACGUCCACUCACUCAUCGGAUGUGCGUGUGGUGUGUGUACGCCCAGGCGCAUGGCGGCUUCCGUCUCACUCACAAGAACUCUGCUGAUCAGGAGGAUAACACAAUGGUACACACACACACACACACACACAGCCACACUCGUGGCGCGGCUCACUCUCAUGCUGGCUGCUCUCCCUGACUCAGGCCCCUCGUGAUCCUGGCGACGACCACCUGUCGUGUGUCUUCAGCUUCGUGACCCCUCGCGAGUUGUCAGCCCUCCCAACCCUCUCCAAGCAGUGGCCGCAAGUCCGCAAGGGGGCCCUUCACCAGCAGACGCACAUCGAUACUGCAAUAGUGUCUGCUGCUGCCCUGAAUGUGGUGCUGGACAAGUGCAGGGCCAUGUACCUGCCACACAAUCGAGUACUCAAGCUGCACAAGUGAGUGAGUCGAAGGGGAGGGAAAUGUGCAGCCAUACAUAAGAGGGGCACGUGCUCAUCUGUGUGUGUUUUAACGCAGGGCGAGUGAGUCGGGCAACACACUGAGUGACCUGUGCCACUCACUCUCGCACGCCAUACGCCACGAGCUCCCCUCCGGCCCACUGUGUCUCAUGAUCCACCACUGCGACCGCGACGAGCCGCACAGCCACGUGACGAUCUUGGACAGCUCGCCGACCACCCUCAAACCACCCGACGUGCCGCCCACACACACCCUGACGUCUGCGACGGUCCACGCCGUGAUGAUGCACAUCAAGACCAACAACCCCUCGACGCAGCUGCCCGUGACGUCCAAGACCGUCAAGCUCUGCGUGGCCAUGACCUCAGACGGGUCGGGACGUGGAUUCGUUUCGUUGGAGGUAGGUGUGCCAGUCAGUCACGUGGUGUGCAUCUUGUGAGUGUAUCUUCUGUGUGUGUGUGUGUCUUGUCAGCGAGGCGGGGACAUGAUGCUCAGGGUGGGCUCCGAGACCUACCCACGCUGGGACUUUGCCGACUGGUACUUGUACCCACGCUGGUACUUUGCCGACUGGUACUUGGCCGACAUCGAGACGAAGGCGGCGGAUGACAUUGAGCUGUGGGCCAUCCGCUGAGCACAGCAAGACAGACAGACAGACAUCGAUCGCAUGUGAUGGGUACGACACGACUUGUUCAUGAUGCGUGUCUGUUCAUGGACUGAAAGUUUGGAUGAAGGAGUUGAUCGACCGGCAUAUGUCACGUCACGUGAUCAUGAUGGACGGUUCGUUCAAGCCAGCAG